AACGACUUUGUUUUGCAUGUUUGCAUCUAACCCUAGGCAUGAAGCAAUCCCUCAUCUGUGUUCUGCCUCCCCCAUUCUCUAUCUCAGCGCCCUCUGUCGAGUGUCGAAAAUCAAAUCUAGAGUCCUGAUCGUCGAUACCGAGUUCCCGCGGUUUUGUUGCCGGACUUCGCCGAUCGGCCUGCUGAUCUUCUUUUUCUUUUAAUCCCCUGCACUUCUUCUCCCCACCUUGCUGCAUUUCUUCUCUAAUCGCAGCCGAUCACAUCUCCCAAGCGCCCCUCCGAAUCUUCCAGUCCACUUCCCCGUCAUCCAGAAUUCCCCACAUCUCCCAUCGCCUGCCAGCUUUCUCUGAAUGCCUCAGCCGCCUACCAAGACCUCCUGCUGCUGAGUGUCGAAUCUGCUGUCUGCUGACUACGGAGGCUCAAGAUAAUGCAGCUACAGAAGCAGGUUUGCGUUGUUCUAGUCCUAUUGAUAAAAUGAAGAAAAAGUUGGAAGCUGCUUGUCAGGGUGCCAAUGUAAAAUUGGAUGAUGUUGCCAUGGUUCUUGAUGGACUUUUGUUGGAGUAUGAAGUGGUUGUUAGUCCUGGAAGAUGUCAUCAGCUCUCCUUAACGAAAAGUGUGCUUGGCCCAAUAUUUGAGUACUUCAAGAAGUUGAUCGAUAAUGUCUCAUCAGAAAAGGAUGCUUUGCUGUUGAGAUGCUGCACGGUGGAAGAGAAGGCUGGGUUGCUCCUAAAGAAGUUGGAAGCAAGUGAGAAGUUAAAAUCUGAAUAUCAAAGUCGUUAUGAAGAUGCUGUAAAGGACAUGAACAAUCUCUCUCAUCAUUAUAAGAAGCGCAUGAGUGAAAUGGAGAGCAAUUGCCGCUCAAUUGAGGAUAAAUGUUCAAGUUUGCUUGAAAUGCUCGACGGCGUGAAGCAGGAAUCUCUGGACUGGAAACUGAAGUAUGAAGAGUCAUUUACUAAUAGGAAAGAUUUUGAUGAUCUGAAUUAUUUAAAAGAAAAAGUCAGUGAUCCUCGGCCCAGGGACGUGUCAUCCAAAUUUUCUAGGGCUGGCAAACAAGCUUGGUGUCCAGAACCAAAACCUUCUGCUAAUGAAGCUCAGAUGGCUUUUGAAGAGGCACGUCAAUGGAAAGAUAAGUACGAUCUUGCUGUAAAUGAAGCCAAGGAUGCCAUGGAGAAAGCAGAGGCGGAGCUUAAACUUUUAGCUGACCAAACAAAACUUAGAGAAGGAGCCCUCAGGGUGGAAUUCUCCAACAGCUUAGCGAAAAAGGACGAGGAAAUUAAGGACACAAUGUUGAAGCUUGAAGAUGCUGAGCGAAGAUUAAAUACUUUAACGUCCAAUCUCCAGGUUGGGGAGAAAAGAAUACAGGCCUAUGAUUUGGAAACCUCAAAUUUGAAGCUUCAGUUUAAGGAAUUGAAUGACAAGUAUGAGUUUAUUAAAGCAUCUGCUCAAUCACUAGAAAACCAAGCACAAAUGAGGUUACAGGAAAAAUUGGAAUUGGAGCAGAAGUACCUUGCUGAGUCGAAAAGACUUGAGGAGAUCCAGGCUAGGUGUAAGGUUGCCGAAGAGGAAGUUAAUGUAGCUCAGGCGAGGUUGAAGGAAAAGGCCGAAGUCGAGCAGAAGUAUCUUGCUGAGUCGAAAAGACUUGAGGAGAUCCAGGCUAGGUGUAAGGUUGCCGAAGAGGAAGUUAAUGUAGCUCAGGCGAGGUUGAAAGAAAAGGCCGAAGUCGAGCAGAAGUAUCUUGCUGAGUCGAAAAGACUUGAGGAGAUCCAGGCUAGGUGUAAGGUUGCCGAAGAGGAAGUUAAUGUAGCUCAGGCGAGGUUGAAGGAAAAGGCCGAAGUCGAGCAGAAGUAUCUUGCUGAUUUGAAAAUGCUCAGGGAAACCCAUGAAAGGUGCAAGUCGUCGACGAAUGAGUCUGCAACAGCACGGUUUGAGCAAGGACAGUAUAUUAUUGAAUCAGAUCUUACAGGUAAACCAGUGACUUUGCUAGAAGAAAUGCUUAAAGAAAGAAACCAAGAAAUCGAUCAAUGGAAAUCCAAGUGUGAGCAACUGUCAAGCUCAAUUCAAGUAGUGGAUGAUGCAGUUUUGGAAUCAGAACGUGAUUUGACAAAGUCGUUUGAUCCGGAAUCACUGGAGGCAAAACUUCAUUCAAUCGAGCAACAUCUGAACUCUGAAAAUGCAAACGAGGACGAUGAGAUGCUGAGUGAGAUGAAGUUUCCAACUCCGUCAAAACGAACAUGGUCGCCAGAGCUGCCUGAGAGUUUUGCUUCUCCCAGCCAAAGCAUGGCUUCCGACGGAGGAAUAAAAACUGAGCAGCAGAGGAAAAGACAGAGGACAAACAUGUCAUUGCAAAAAUGCACGUCCACAGAGGUGGGCAAAGAGUCUGCUUUGAAGGUGGAUAGUGAAGCUGAAGAUGAUGCUGAGAGCAGGAAGCCUGCUGAUUCAGUAGUUAGUUACGCCAAGUUAACUGUGGCUAGAAUGCGGCAAGAACUCAAUGAUGGCGGUUUUGGAGCUGAGUUGCUCAAGCUGAAGAGCAAGCAAAAGAAGGACGUGUAUGCUCUCUACAAAAAACAUGUCCUCAAGAACUGAACGUUUUUGUCCCUGUCCUCGAUAGACUUAUUGAGUGAUGAUGAUGUUGGCAACGGUUUGUUCAAGGAAGUUUUGGAAAGAGAUCCCAGGAUGCGUGUAAAUUUGUAGAACCUGUAUAUUUUCUGGGAUACCAGAAGGGUUUACCUGUAAUUUGCUGGUGUUUGUGAAGGUGAAAUCGGUGCUCGUCUUUAAAGUUCCUGUU